AUGACCGACUACAGCCAACUAAACAAGAACCCAAUCUUCAAACCAGUAGAUUCAAUUUACACAGAUAGGCUUCGAAAGUUCAAUGACAAUGACCACUUAGGGAAAUUCAGAGUAAGACAUCGCAUUGACAACUCCAAAGAUGAUGGCUCAGACGGUUAUGUUGAAUUGAAAAAGUACUCUGUACCAGACCUCCAGAGACCGUCCUUCAAGGAAAUUAUUCCAUCAAAACUGGACGAGUUUGAACCCUGUCAUAGAAAUGACCUUUUUGGCCCCGGGUGGGCUUCGUUCUGGAUCCAAGUCAAGAUUGCGGUGCCAACGUAUUGGAAAGAGCACUAUGGCAAUGGCAAGAAAGACCCAAUUGCCUUCCAUUGGGACUCAGAUAAUGAGAUAUUGAUUUAUGACCAUGAAGGAAUUCCCCAACAGUCUUUGACUGGAGGUGGCCAUAGGACAGAAUUCAUUCUUCCCUCCGAUUGGUAUGAAGACAGGGAUGAAUAUGUCUUCUACUUGGAAAUGGCCUGUAAUGGCCUAUUUGGUACGACUCCAUCGUUUUACUAUACACUUCAUACUGCAGAAUUAAUUGUUAAAAAUUCUGAGGCGGACUCUCUUUAUUACGAUUUCUGGAUCAUGGGAGACGCAGCACGAGAGUUACCAGGAGACUCGCCCCAAAAGUACCUGGCACUUCAAUUGUGCAACAAGAUUAUGGACACUUUUGAUGUCAAUGACGAAAAAUCUUUGGCUAAAUGCAGAGAAGUGGCAAAGCAAUAUCUAGGGCCUGAUAUCAAUGGCUCAGAAGUAUUCGAUGAUUCCACGACACCCUUUCCCAUCCAAGUGUAUGCCAUGGGAAAUUGCCACAUUGAUACCGCCUGGCUGUGGCCUUUUGCUGAGACAAAAAGGAAAGUGGUUAGAUCUUGGACUACCCAAAUCAGGAUAAUGGAGAAGUAUCCCGAGUAUCAGUUUGUCGCUUCGCAAGGUCAACAGUUCAAGUGGCUGAGAGAUCUCCAUCCUGAAAUCUUUACUCAAAUCAAGAAAAAGCUUAAAGACAACCAGUUUUUUCCCAUUGGUGGAUCUUGGGUAGAGAAUGACACUAACAUGCCAAGUGGUGAAUCCUUGAUUAGGCAGUUUCUUAGAGGCCAAAGACUGUUAUUAAACGAGUUCGGUUUCAAGUCCAAAACCUUCUGGCUGCCGGACACCUUUGGUUACUCUUCACAAAUCCCGCAGAUCUGUCGAGUGGUAGGGAUCGAAAACUUCUUAACUCAGAAAUUAUCAUGGAACAAUAUCAACAAAUUUCCCCAGAAUACUUUCAACUGGGUAGGAAUUGAUGGAUCCCAAGUCUUGACUCACAUGCCUCCUGACAAUACUUACACGGCUCCAGCUCAUUUUGGUGAUGUCAAUAGAACCAUAACACAACACAAAAAUCUUUACAACGAUCAAAAAGGUCUUUUGCUGUACGGUCAUGGAGAUGGAGGAUCAGGUGCCACACCAGAAAUGCUUGAAAAGCUCCGUCGAUGUAGAGGUAUGACGAAUACUGUGGGAUCAUCUCUUCCCGUUACAAAAGUUGGUAAUUUUACAAUUGAGGAGUUUUAUGACAAAAUCAGAAAGGAUUCAGACAAUGCAAAAACUCUGCCAAGCUGGAAGGGAGAGCUAUAUUUGGAGUAUCAUAGAGGAACGUAUACUACGCAAGCAAAGGUGAAGCAGUAUAUGAGAACUCUUGAAUCACUGAUGCAUGAUCUAGAGUUGAUCGCAACUUAUGUGUCCUUGAACCAUGUCAGCUACGUCUACCCUUUGAAGAAAAUUAACAGAAUAUGGGAAGAUAUUCUUCUUUGCCAGUUCCACGAUGUCUUACCAGGAUCAUGCAUCGAGAUUGUUUACAAGGAAGAAGUCCUCCCAAUGCUGGGUAAAAGGGUGGAUGAUCUGCGUGAGCUUAUUGAUGAAGCUUUGGGAAAAGUUGGUGUCAGAUACUGUGGAACUAACGAGAAACCAAUGUUAUUGAAUACCUUCAGCUGGCCUAGGAGUACUAUUCAUGAUAUUGCAGGCACUCCUGUCUUAUUCAACUCUAUUGAACAAAACUUGAACAUGUGUAUCAUAAAAAAGAAGGUCAAGUAUCCUGUAUCAGUUACCAGGGACGAAGAUGAUUACAUUCUAGAUAACUCGAAACUCAAAGUUCGAGUCAACAAGAAGGGAAUUAUUACCAGUCUUUAUGAUAUUGUCAACGACAGGGAAGUUAUUGAUAUUUCACCAGAAGGUAGAAAUACUCGUGGAGCCAACGCUUUUGUGCUCUUUGAUGAUGAACCGUUAAAUUUUGAUGGCUGGGAUACUGAACUAUACAAUGUCAACACAUUUAGGUAUGUUGACGAUGUUAUUUCCAGUGAACUUGUUGAGGAAGGGCCGUUAAAAGUCUCUAUCAGCUUCAAACACCGGAUUAGUGGCUCUAGUCAAUUGAAGAAUGUAAUCUCAUUGGAAGGCAGUGAUGAUUUGGAAUCAGUUUCCCUAGUGAAGUUUGAGACAUUUGUGGAUUGGAAUAAGUCACACAAGUUUUUAAAGGUCGAGUUUCCAGUUGACAUUAACCAAGAAUACGCUAGUUACGAAACGCAAUUUGGGAUCACCAGGCGACCGACUCACUUCAAUACAACUUGGGAUACAGCAAAAUUUGAAGUUUGCUCCCAUCGGUUUGCUGACUAUUCAGACUUUAAUUAUGGUGUAUCUAUCAUCAAUGAUUCAAAGUAUGGAUUUGCUGUUCAUGGGAAUUUAAUGAGGUUAUCGUUGUUAAGAGCGCCAAAAUAUCCGGAUGCGCAUGCUGAUAUUGGUAAGCAUUACUUCAACUAUGCUAUUUAUCCCCACAAAGGACCGCUUUCCUCACAGACUGUGAAAUUAGGUUUGGAAUUUAAUGACAGACUUAAUGAGCAGGCAUACACCUUCACGGGGUCCCCUAUAGACUUUACGGAAUUGGUGAAGAUAAAAGGUGAUGAUAAUUUGAUCUUAAGCAACGUCAAAAGAGGUGAAGACGAUGAUGAUUUGGAGAACUGGGAACCCAACUUGCCCAAGAAGCACAAGAAGAGCAUUGUGAUCAGAGUAUAUGAGGCUCUGGGAGGUGCAUCCAAAGCUGUCAUUCGGGUGGGAAAACCUAUACAAAAAGUUACCAAGAUUACCGGACUAGAGGAAGACCUGAAAGAUGUUGACUUUGACAAGGAGACUAACUCGUUCAAAGUGAAAUCUAGAGCUUUUGAAAUAUCCAGUUUCAAAAUUGUCCUUAAGUAG